GGAUCCAUAAUAUUCAGGGUCUUAAUUAGUUUUGUGCUCAGGACAUUAAUAACUUCAUUGAAGAAGAUGGCAAUUAGUAAUGAUGGUUCCAACGCCGGAAAGAAGAAGUUUGCUAUUAUUGGCGUGUCAUCUAUAAUCCUGGUAGCCAUGGUGGUUGCCGUGGCUGUUGGAAUCGGUGGCAGCCCUGGAGAUUCGAAGCAAGAAAGCUCUCCUAAGGGGCAGAUAUCGACAACAUCUAAAUCUAUCAAAGCUAUUUGCCAACCCACAGAUUAUAGAGAAACUUGUGAAGAAAGCCUCUCAAAAGCUGCGGGAAACACAACCGAUCCUUCGAAGCUUGUCCAGGCUGGUUUCAAGGUUACCAUUGAAGCUCUCCAAAAUGCCAUCAAUAGAUCCACCACAUUGAAAGAAUUGGCCAAGGAUCCGAUGGCUAGCCAGGCUCUUGAUAAUUGCCGUGAAUUGAUGGACGAUGCUAUUGCUGAACUCGAGCAUUCUUUUGAUCUUAUAGAAUCAUUCCAGGCUAGCCAGUUCGACGAGUAUGUAAAUAACCUUAAAGUCUGGCUCAGCGCUACCAUCACGUAUCAACGGACUUGUUUGGACGGGUUUGAGAACACAACAGGUUCAGCUGGGGAGAAAAUGAAGGAGCUUUUGAUGGCUUCUAGUCAGCUCACCAGCAAUGGCCUAGCCAUGGUUGAUGGCGUCACUUCCAUCCUCAAGGAUUUGAACAUUCCGGGACUGACGAGCCGCAGACUCCUAGAAGCUGAUGAUGAAUUUCCUUCGUGGGUCAAUGGUGGAAAAAGGAUGCUACUCCUCAAAGAGACUCCUGCAACAAUCAAGGCCGAUGCGAUUGUGGCUCAGGAUGGAAGCGGUCAAUAUAAAACAAUUGCCGAGGCCAUCGAGAAAAUCCCCAAGAAAAAAAACGAAACCUUUGUGAUAUACAUCAAGGAAGGAGUUUACAAGGAGCAAGUGAGCCUCGCAAGGAGCCAUACCCAUGUUCUGAUGAUUGGUGAUGGCCCUACAAAGACCAAGAUCACCGGAAAUCUCAACUAUGCUAAUGGAGUCCAAACAUUCAAGACCGCAACAGUUUCAAUAUCUGGAGAUCACUUCAUGGCCAAGGACAUUGGAUUUGAGAACUCUGCCGGAGCAAUAGGACACCAAGCCGUGGCACUCCGAGUCCAAGCUGACAUGUCUGUCUUCUACAAUUGCCAAAUAGAUGGUUACCAAGACACCCUCUAUGCCCACACCAAGCGCCAAUUCUACCGUGACUGCACCAUCACAGGCACAAUUGACUUCAUCUUUGGCGAUGCUAUUGCUGUUUUCCAAAACUGCAAACUGGUCGUCAGGAAGCCGCUGGACAACCAACAGUGCAUCGUCACAGCUCAAGGAAGGAACGAGACGCGUGAGCCCACUGGCUUCGUCAUCCAAAACUGCACGAUCACAGCAGACCCUCAAUACUUUCCUGUCAGGUUGCAGAACAAGGCCUAUCUUGGGCGGCCAUGGAGGGAGCUGUCCAGGACUAUUGUUAUGCAAUCUCAUAUUGAUGAUUUGAUUGCUCCUGAAGGUUGGUUGCCAUGGUUGGGUAGUUUUGGCCUGAAUACACUAUUCUAUUCCGAGUACAACAACAAGGGACAAGGUGCAGUGGAGACCAACAGAGUAAAAUGGGCUGGCAUCAAAAAGCUUACACCAGAGGCAGCUGAUGGUUACACUGCUGCAAAAUUCAUUCAGGGUGAUGAAUGGAUUCCACAAACUGGCGUGCCUUACACUGCUGGCAUGAUCAGUGCGUAGAAUGAGAAAAUCAACAGACUCUCGCUAUGAUUUGGUCCUUCAAAUAACUGCAUUCAACUCUACAGUAUAUGUAUACGUUGCCUUUACUUCUUGUUUAUUCUGAAAAAUAAUGAAAAACAUCAAAAUCAUUUUGCUUCUCAAGUUUGUAAUUGGCUUGGGGCAGCCAUAAUAUCAGAGGAAAUUUUACUUCAGCAAACUCCAUCUCCGUCUAAUUAUUGGUUUAUAGGUGCCUGGCUCCCCAUACUUAGUCGAUGUCGAAAGAAGUUGAUGCAAUUCUCAAUAAUAUGUAGGAAAUUUUCUUCA